AUGAAUAAUGCGUUCUGGAGCAGUAUGAAAGUUGUUUUGAAAGUGUUCAGCCCAUUAGUGAAAGUUCUAAGGCUGGCACAUGGAGAAAGGAUUCAUUCUCUUGGGUUUAUUUAUGGUGAGAUUCUAUCAGCGAAAGAGUCUAUCAAGGAAGCCACAGAGCAUGCUGAGAGGAGUUAUGAACCUAUAUUGAAGAUUGUUGAGGAGAAAAUGAAAAGUCGAUUAGACACACCUCUACACAUUACUGCAUACUUCCUUAAUCCUUUCUACUUUUACAAAGACCCGGAUUUAUAUAACAAUGAAGUUAUGCAAACAUUCAUUGCUUGUGUAGAGACAUUCUACCAUAGAGACUUUGAGAAGCAGAACUUAGUUGUCAACCGUGAAGUUAAUCUUUACAAGAGCAAAAGUGGUUCUUUUGGCUGCACUUUGGCAAGAAAAGGAUGUGAAAAGAAAGAUGAAAAUUUUGAUCCAGGGAAUUGGUGGGCAACUUAUGGCUGCGAAAUGCCACAUUUGAGAAGGCUUGCGACUAGGAUCCUUGCUUUAACAUCUAGCUCUUCUGUUGAAGAUUGGCUUCUCGAUCGCAAUGAAGAGGUAGAUGAAGAUGUUCCUUUGGUGCCAACUUCACAAGCUCCACAGGCCAGAGUUCUGUAUGAUGAUGAUUUCGAAUCCGAUGAAGAGGAAGGUGGAGGCAUGGAGUUUCAAUCAGAUUACUAUCCUGAAGAUCCUGUGUUUCGCGACCUACCAUUCGCUUAG